AUGGUGCGUGUUACCGCCCUUCUCGCCCUGGCGGCCGGAGCAACAGGCUUCGUCCACCCAGGCCUCCUCCACACCGCGGACGACUUCACCAGGGUCAAGAACCUAGUGAGCCAAGGCAAGGAGCCAUACCUCACCUCCUGGAACCUCCUCACCGCCAACUCCCACGCCUCGCCGACCUACCAGCCCCGCCCGGCGGCGACGGUCUACCGCGGCUCCGACGGCGUGCACUCCCAGAACUACCCGGUGCUGUACAACGACGCCCACGCGGCGUACCAGCUCGCGCUCCGCUGGAAGAUCAGCGGGGACAGCCAGUACGCCGACGCCGCCGCCCGCGUCCUCGACGCCUGGUCCUCGACCAUGACGGCCAUCGGCGGCAACAGCGACCGCUUCCUCGCCGCGGGGCUGUACGGGUACCAGCUCGCCAACGCGGGCGAGAUCAUGCGGGACUACGCCGGGUGGCCGGCCGAGAACCGGACGCGGCUCGGGGGCUUGCUGCGAGAUGUGUUUUUUGAGGAUAACCAUAGGUUCCUGACGACGCACAACGAUGCGUCGCGGUUCCACUAUUGGGCGAACUGGGACCUGUGCAACAUCGCCGCCAUCCAGGCCAUCGGCGUGUUCACGGACAACCAGACGAUGUACGACUUCGCCACCAACUACUUCGUCAACGGCGACGGCAUGGGCGCCAUGCCGAACUUCAUAGUGGCCAACCACACCGAAGACGGAACAGGCAAGAGCCUGGCCCAGAGCCAGGAGGCCAGCCGGGACCAGGGCCACGCGACGCUCGACAUUGCACUGCUGGGUGUGAUCAUGCAGCAGGGGCACAACCAGGGCGACGACCUCUUCGAGCUCAUGUCAAGGAGCGGCCUGGCGGCAUCCGAGUACCUCGCCAAGUACAACGUGGGCCAGGACGUGCCCUUCACCGAGUACGUCAAUCCCGACCAGGGCACCUUCCCCGGCAUCUCCCCGGCAUCACGCGGCGCGAUCCGCCCCGGUUUCGAGCUCCUGUACGCCCACUACAGCGACGUCAAGGGCCUUGAUGCGUCUUGGACCAAGGAGUACAUCGACCUUGCCAACAACGGAACGGGCGGGGUUGAAGGGGGUGGUGGCAACUACGGGAGCACCAGCGGUGGGUAUGAUUACCUUGGUUUCGGAACUCUGAUGUAUCGCCAGGCGGCUUAG